AUGUCCAACCUUCUGCAAACAGAAAUCCAGCAGAAGCUUAGCCAGGCCAAUACGAGAAUAGCCGGCUGGCUGGACGGCGAAAGCGGUGGGUCGCCGGAACGGAACGCAUUUGAGGACCUGCCCGUGAUCAAGCCCGGUGCAGGUCUUGAUCUGUCCUCGGAUGCUGCCAAGAUAGGCGAUUUCACGUCAGGGAAGACGGUGAGAAAAAUGAAGAACCGGCAGCGACCGCAGUCACGGUCGCUGCAGGCGUUGCAGAACAAGCUGCGGAACGCCAACAGAGACAAGGCGCGCGCCAGGGUCGAGAAAACGAAACGGGAGGCUCCAAAGCCCCCGGAUGGGGGUGCACGAUCCGAGGACGACUCGGACGAGGACGAGGUGGUGCGACGGAAGCGAAGCGGCACCACCGCCAAGAAGGUGAGCAAGCGGCCAUUUUAG